CACGUUUGGUUACGAGUAAAAUUCGAUUUGAUUUGCAAAAAAAAUCAAAAAAGAAAUUUGAUUUCAAAUUAUUCGAAUCAAUUUGAAUAAGUAAUUUGAGUUAAAGUCGAGUUAAAUAAGUCUGCUUAAUAGCACGGGUUAGGGUUUUCUUAGUCUGCUUAAUAGCAUGAAAAUUUCUCUCGACUUUUCUAAGGUUUUGUUGGGGUUUUGUUCGCGAUUCAAAGGGAUUUGUGUUUUAAAAGGCUUUUGAAGGAUUGUUAUAGCUGAGAUAAAUACGGUGGAUGAUGAAUUGGCAAGUUUCAACAUCAUGGACAACGAGGAAGAUCCAUUGGUGGUAAUAGGUGACGAAAUUAACACAGGCCAAAUAUAUGAUUUAUGUUUGGUUGGGCGAGUCCUUACGGAUAGUGUAGUAAAUUUUCCUUCCUUAAAAAAUACUCUGGCUGAUUUAUGGCAUCUAUUGAGGGGAGUGGCUAUUUCGGAAUUGGAGGGCAAACAAAUUUUGUUCAAAUUUUACAGUGACAUCGAUUUAAAUAGAGUUAUGGACGGUAAGCCUUGGUUUUUUAAUCGGCGUCUUAUUAUCUUCCAUAGAUUAACAGGGGGCGAGGAUCCAAUCACAGUUCCUCUUUGGGAUACAGCUUUUAGGGUACAAAUUCAUAAUCUUCCAAUUGGAUUCGUGACAGAAGGUCAUGGUAAAAGCUUUUGUCCAAUCCAACUAAUGCUGGGGAACCAGCAAGUGGAGUUUGGCUGGGAUCUGUCACUAAGGGCUCCUUCAAAAAGGGGUGGACAAUUGAAGAGUAAAUGGCUACGAGAGAAACCUGAAUACGACAGGUGGUUAAGUAUGGAGAUCGAUGGGGAAAAAAGAGAAAGGAAGUUUGGCGAGAAUAUAACUAAUAUUGGUGAGCGUAGAAGUGGAUUAGGGAUUGUAGGACGAUUUAUAAGGCAGAAUCGGAAUAUGUUAGAUGCAAGGGAUCAUGGAAUGUUGAGGCAGUUGGAGGAAAAUGAGGAUGGAUUUGAGAUAGAAGAGAUAUCUGUGGAAUUUAUUGAUGGGAAAAAGAGGCAGAGAAUUAAUUUAGAAACGGGAAAUUCCAAAAAUAACAAAGGAGUAUUAGAGUUGGGGAUUGGCCGACCGGGAGCACAAUAAAAAUCCUUAGUUGGAAUGUUCGUUGUUUUGGGCAAUCACGAACCCAAACCACGAACAGUUAAACAUCUCAAAAAUAAAUUGAGACACAUUCGACCCCACAUUUUGUUUAUUAUGGAAACGAAAGUUACUAGCAGAAGGAUGGAGAAAAUAAGAUUGUAAUGUGGUUUUACAAAUGGUAUUGAUGUUGAUGCGGUAGAAACGAGGGGGUUUAUUGCUAGGAUGGAGGGAGGGGCUCAAUUUAACAUUAAAGAGUUUUUCAAAGUCGCAUAUUGAUGUGGAGGUUGAAGAAGAAAAUGAGUUGGGAUCAUAGAGAUUCACGGAAUUUUAUGGGGCACCAGUAGAACAUAAUAGAAGGGAGUCGUAGGAUCUGCUAAGGAUAUUGCAGAAUGGGAACAACAAACCUUAGUUGGUUGUAGGUGAUUUUAAUGAAAUCCUAUUUUCUUUUGAAAAACAAGGAGGAAGAAUUCGUGAAGAAAGACAAA